CAUGAGUUUAUGUAUCGUUGUACAUAGUAAACCUUUGUGCACUUGUAUUCACGAGUUUGGAAAUCUUUGAUAAACAAUGAACAUUGUACAUUUUGUACAACCUUAUUGAAAUUUAAGUUAUUAUUAAGUGUUCAAAGCUAGAUAUUGUUUAUUGUAAAGUAAACAUUAAAAUUUAUUAAACAUGAAAUACUGGAUUAUUCUGAAUUCUGUACAAUUCUGCAUACAAUUUACUAAUUACAGUUUCAGUACUUAUACAACUGGCAAUGUGUACAAUUUUGAAGAUUCUCAGAACUGUGAUAAAAUCAAAUAAUUAUAAAUUGUUUUCAGAUAAAUUAAACAUGGUUUUGUCCAAUAGAGUUUACUCUACAAACGACCGUAAAAAGCAGGUUUAUGUUCCUAUGAGUCAAAAAGAGUUUUUGGAACAGCAUCUUAUCAAGAAAAGGAACGCAGAGAAGGAUAGAUUGGAGUAUUGGUCAGGGACAGAGAAGUAUUAUGGGAAUGUUGGUCAUCAGAGUUCCAGGUUUCAUCAUCUCAACUCCAUUAAACAAACUGAUUCUACUUCUCAGACUGAGGAGAGAAGAAAACAAGGUUUGCUAAAGAGAAGAGAAAAGUUAAAAAACCUUAUUCAGAAGGAUGAGGAGAUGUGGGAGAAGGAGUUGGAGGGAGUCAAGGUGGAGGAGAACAUUACAGAUCUUAGACAGAUCAGGGAGCAGUUCAGAUUGCAGAGAGAAGAGGAACAAAGAAAAGAGGCCGAGUUAAAAAUGUUGCAGCAUUGGAGAAUUAAUAAUCCUACAAUCAGACAGAUUGAGUCUAGCAGAAACCAAACAUUAGUUCGUCAAUACUGGGACAAACAGCUCGAAGAGAAGAAGAAAGAAGAAGAGAGAAGAAAAUUGGAAGAAGAUGAAUUAGCAAGAAGUAGACUGGAAGAAGAGGCGCAGAGGAAGAUACAGUUAGAACAAGAUGAUGAAAAUCGGCGGAAGAGAAUAGAAGAUUGGAAGAGAGAAUUAAACCAUCAACUUGAAGAACUACGCCACAAGGAAGACAAAGAGAAGGAACUAGAACGAGCCCGGCAGGAGCAGGAGGAACAUCAAAGAAGAAUAGAAGAGUGUGAAGAGGAGAGAAGAAGACGAGAUGAAAAGAGGAAGAAUAAAGAACUGGAAACCUAUCAGAAGAGGCAGCACAGGACGAUAUUGAAGAGGAUGGCGGAGGAGGUGGAGAAGGAGAUACAGGAGGACAGGAGGAACCUUCAAACCAUGGUAGAGUUGGUUCAAGCUCAGAACAGGUUGGAGAAUGAGCAGAAGGAGAAGUGCUUGAAGGAGGUGAGAUGGAUGCAGAAGGUGUUGAAGGAGCAGGCUGAUGAGGAGAACAGGAGAAAGAAGGAGUUGGAUUUCGUGUUUGCUGAAGAAGCAGAGAGGAUGUGGAAUAAACAGCAGGAAAUAUGGGACAGAGAAGAGAAAGCUCGUCGAAGAUUGAUGGAUGAGGUUGCGGCCUCCUGGAGGGAGCAGAACCUCCACAGGUUGGAGGCUGCCAGGAAGGAGGAACAGGAGGCCAUCCUCCAGAGGCAGGAGCUGAAGAGGGAGGUUGAGGAACUGCACAGGAGUAUAGAGGAAGAGGAGAGGAGGAGUAGGAUCAUGAAGGAGAGGUUCAGGGAGGGGUUGGAGGAGGGGGUGAGGCAUGUAGAAACAAGGAGGAGGGAGGUAAGGUUCCAGGAGGAGAAGGAGGGGUUGGAGGAGAGGGAGGAGGAGUUGAGGGAGGAGAAUAGGCUGGCUAGGCACAUCAAGAAUAUGGAGAUACAGGAACAAGACUCAACUUCUUAUGUUCAGGAUUUUAGAAGAAAGAAAGUUAAAUGGUUUUACUGAUCCCAUUACUCAUGAUUUACUCAUCUACAUUAUUUGUUAAACUCUGCACAAGGGUAGACUUGUGAUACUGCACUGUUAUAAGAACAUAUACGCUUAUGUACA